UGGAAGGGUUGUGUAUAUUCUUUGGUUGAUAUUUUAUUCAAGAGUGGUAGCCUUGCUCCUCCAUAAAAGGACCCUCUUGGCGCUUCUCUAGGUCAUCAUCUCACAAACCCUUGUUCUUCUCUUUUCUCUGAAUUACUUAUCAUAUUUGAUAUCAUGGAGAACAAACCCCUCUCUAGGCUUCUUGUUAUUCUUCUGAUUCUUUCCUGUGUUGUAUUUGCUGCUGCAGUUCCUGCAACAAGAAGCACCAUGAUUGGGAAAAUGAAUCCUUUAGUGCAAGAUCAUCUGGCUAAGGUGGAUCCAGUUAUGGGGUUAAGUUAUAACGAGGAAGACAUGAAGGAAGAGAUUGGUGAGAGCAGAAUGCUGAGGGAUAUAGUUGACUACCCUGGAACAAGACCAAAUCCAGCUCAUGAUCCAAAAUCUCCUGGAAAACCUUAACUUAAUCUUGGAAAUCAGGGUUUUGAGUAGUUAUUUAGUUAGACUAGAAGUGUCAUGAGAUAUGGUUUGGGUUUGUCCUGGCUUGCAAUCUUCAAAAUGUGUUUGUCUGUAUGAAAAGUCUCUGAUGUAAGAUCCAUGAUAGUUAAUUAAGCUGUUGUUUUAGCUCAUAAGUGAUUUGGUAUUCCACAUAUAUAUGAGUCAAAAGGUUUGUUGUAAGAUAUAUGAAAAGGAGUAAGACUUCAAUCUGAGGCUUGUAACCUUGAUUUCCCUACUGAAAUGUGAAAAAGCUGAUUAUGUUUAGUGUGACAA